AUGAAGUUUACAUCUGCCAUCGCUGCCAUCGCCCUUGGUCUCGCCAGCGUCAGCGUCGCCAGUCCUACACCCGACGAUGGCUUCACCGUAGAUCCGCGUGACAACAUCCUUGAACCGCGCAAGGGCUGCUCCGGACAGCGCACCAACGAGGACAAAUGCAGCGGUAGACGCCUGGGUCCGCAGAACUCCUUUCACAACUGCAAGAAUCGAGAUGGAAAAUGCUGCGCGAAGAACAAGGAUGGAUCCGGUGGCCUCGACGCUUCCAGGGGUGUUGGAAGAGAGGAUUGCGGCUAUUGCUUCACGGGCAAAUGCAAGGCUUAG